AUGGCAAGACUCUUAUUACUUUCUCUCCCCGGUCUUGUGGCCAUAUGUGCCGUGCAUGGAAUAUUUAUGGACAGACUUGCUUCCAAGAAGCUGUGUGCAGAUGACGAGUGUGUGUAUACUAUUUCUCUGGCCAGAGCUCAAGAAGAUUUCAAUGCCCCAGACUGUAGGUUCAUUAAUGUUAAAAAAGGGCAGCAGAUUUAUGUUUACUCAAAGCUGGUAAAAGAAAAUGGAGCUGGAGAAUUUUGGGCUGGCAGUGUUUAUGGAGAUGGCGAGGAGGAUGAGAUGGGAACCGUGGGGUAUUUCCCCAGCAGCUUGGUAGAGGAGCAACAUGUGUACCAAGAAGCCACCAAGGAAGUCCCCACCACGGAUAUUGACUUCUUCUGUGAGUGA